UUAAAAACACAUGACGUCAGCACUAUCUGCGUCAUUCACGUGACCGGCAAGCUGGCGGAAAUUAUUUGACGAACUCCCUGUAACGUUUUAGGUACUGUUGACACAAGUUUGUUUGGGGAAACAUUUCGUGUAUUCGAAUUGAAUUGCAAUCGAAGCGAUUUAGUUGGUAAUGGCGUUGACCGCUGAUCCGAACGAUUUCGAAGAAGUCGAUCAAGGGUCCGCAAAACUGGUCGGUGAAAUACACUUGAAGAAAUAUGUUAAGUACAUGGGACAAUACACCCAGCAGCUUGCUGAUAUUGAAGGUGUGCUAGGGAGCGAACAAGGUCAUAUUUGGGAUCAAAGCCUAAAUCCGGUUUGUCUACAGACAUUUCCAGAAGAAAAAGUUGCUUUACCACAACUGAUAAAAACUGAAAAUAAAGUUCUAAACAAAGUCCUUAUUGCCUUGUCAGCUCUUUGUGUAGAAAUAAAUGUGCUGGAAAAUGAAGCUGUCACUGAAUUUUAUGACCCCAUCUUGUUUUAUGGCGAAACUGCAAGUGAGGAUGAUGAGAAGCAAAAGGAAGGAGAGGAGCAGCUUGGGAUUGGGAGAAUGCUUCCUCUUCUUCAGAAGUUAUCAUGUUUCGGUCAAAGAUGUAGGGAGGUGGUAAAAAAUGUCAUUCAGCAACUGGCUGCUUUACAUAACAAAUCCAUGCCGAAAGUUAUGGAUGCAAGCCAUGUUCAUCUUACUCCAGUGUAUGAGCACUUGUGCAACUUAUUAAGAGUUCUGGUUACUAUUGAUCAGAUUAUACUCAGCAAUUCAAUGUUAACCAACCACUGGACAAUGUACAAAAUGACCAUUAAGUCAGUUCACCACAAUCCUUCCGCUUACGGUGUGGGCCAAGAUCAAUUAAAGCCACUGGAAAAGUUGGUUAGUCACUUGGAAAAAAAGAUAAUAAAUGGGCAACUGACCCAGUUUUGUUUCGGUCAAGAUUUUGAUGAUUCUGGGAUUCCUGUUGCGAAGAAUUCAUGUUUUACCGAGGAAUUCUCAUUGAACAUAAAGAUCAUCUUUGUGAGGCUUGAACCUAAGCUUGCUGAUCCUACACAAACUGAACACCACCUUCAGUUUGUUGGUUUGUGUGCUUUGUUCACAUUACAUUAUCUCAUUUUCCGUAACUUGGAUCGAAAACUGUUUCGCCAGAUGUGGGAUUCUUAUAAGAAGCUUCCAUGUGUGACGCUGGCAGGUCAUGUGACAUGGUUUGUGGACGAAUACUUUGCGGACAACCUACCAAAGACCUGUAAAGCUGUUGAUUCCAAAAUGCCAGAUCAAGCUGUGCAGAGUAGAGGGGUGUGGCUGUCUGGUAAAGUACAAGCUAUCCAAAGGGAAUGCCAGGGGUAUUAUGCUUCAGUAAACACUUGGAUGGUGAAGAUGUUAUCAUCACCACAACAAGAUGCAUCCCUUGAAGACUUAGCAACGCAGUCCAAAGUUUACAUAGAGGGCUACAGAUUGAUUUGUGGAUUGCGUAACACGGUGGAGACACUUCUCAACCUGCAUGUUGUGACCAACAAACCAAUGACAGUGAAUGAGGUGACAUGUUUAUGUCGCAUGGUGACCAUGUGUAAGGCGGUAUCUGACACUUUCUUCCGACACUCAAUGCGUGUAUCCACAUGUGGAAUGCAUAUUGUGCAACACCAACAGUUCCAAGUGCUUACUCUACUGCAAGUUGCAAAGAAAAGAGUUACCUCUGACCGCAAAUACAGUGAUCGCAAAUUGGACAUGCUCUCCUCUAUCAUGAUUUGUGAGAACUGUAUCAAUGGUUCCCCAACCACUCAACGAUUGGUUGUGACCAAGCUUGCUUUGUCCAUUGCAAAUCAGUCUAAAAUGCUUCGUGAUGAUGAGCAUGCAGCCCUCCUCUCUAAGUUUGAGAAGAUACAGAUCUUUGGGAGCAUCGGCAUCCUCCGUGCAUCUCGUGCAGCAUCGGAUCAAUCAGCAUUCUAUUGGCAUCGAGCUCUGCUUACCAACUAUUUAGAAGGACUCAGCCAAAACCCAGUCGAUGCGUCUAGCUUACAUCACAUGUUUGCUGCAUUGGAAGAUUGUGUGGUUGGGAUGAAGAGGAGCAAACAUCUUUCAUCCCCACAACUCUUGGUGGAUGCUUAUAAGGAAGUAGUUCAUCGCAGUCUACGUCACCAUCUGCUUGAUAAAAUAUGUAAAGAAAUUGAAAAUGACCUUCGCUUAUCAGUGCACACUCACUUGAAGUUAAACGAUCGAAAUCCGUUUAAAUCUUCCAUAAAAUCACUUCGACAGCUUCUUUCACUGGAACCUCUCAAAUUCCUUGGAUCCUUUAUCAGCCCAAAAGAUUAUGUGACUCAUUAUCUGGACCAGACUUUCUACAAUUUAACAACUGUAGCUUUGCAUGAUUGGCGAACUUACGGACAAAUGAGGAACUUAGCAGCCCAGAGGUACCAACUUGAGAUGCAAGAGGUUCAUCUGCCCAACCAACAACUGGAACAAGGGCUUGAUGUCCUUGAAAUAAUGAGGAAUAUUCAUGUAUUUGUUUCCAAGUAUCUUUACAAUCUAAACAACCAGAUCUUUGUGGAGCAGUCGAGCAACAACAAGCAUCUGAACACAAUCAACAUUCGUCACAUUGCGAACUCCAUUCGUACGCAUGGCACUGGUAUCAUGAACACAACUGUCAACUUUACAUUUCAAUUCCUGAAACAGAAAUUUUUUAUCUUUUCGCAAUUUCUUUUCGACGAACACAUCAAGUCUCGUUUGAUUAAGGAUAUGCGUCACUUUCGUGAAAACCGUGAGGCAUACAACCAACAGUACCCUUAUGAGCGUGCUGACCGUUUCAACAGAGGAAUCAGAAAACUUGGUCUCUCACCCGAUGGCAGCAGCUUCCUGGAUCAGUUCAGACUUCUCAUCUCACACAUUGGUAACGCAAUGGGCUACAUUCGUAUGGUUCGUUCUGGAGGUCUACACUGCUGCAGCAAUGCUAUAAGCUUUGUUCCUGACCUUGAAGACAUUGUUUGUUUUGGAGAUCUUGCUAAGGAGGAAGAUAUAAGUCCAGAGGUUAACACAGCAUUUGCUCACCUUGAUGCAGUGCUUGGUUCAUUAGUGAAACAUUCAGCCGAAGGUUCUGAUUACCUCGGUAUGCUUGUGGAUGUGUUUGCACCAGAGUUCAGAAGUUCAAAGAACAUGCAUCUCAGGAAUUUCUACGCCAUUAUUCCACCUCUGACCAUCAAUUUUGUGGAGCAUACAAUAAGCUGUAAGGAGAAAAUGAGUAAGAAAAACAAAGUUGGUGCAUCUUUUACUGAUGAUGGCUUUGCUAUGGGUUUGGCUUACAUAUUGAAGCUGCUGGACCAAUACACAGAGUUUGACUCCUUGCAUUGGUUUCAAAGUGUGAGGAGAAAGCAUGCAGAUGACAUCAGACAGCAAGCUAACCCAGCUCCAAAACAAUCUCGCAAACAGGGAAUUCAAGAUGAGGACGAGAAGUUGCAGCAGACGAGGUCACUUGCUCUGAAACGUAUCAAUAUUUAUCAGAGGGAAUUCGAGUUGCUUUAUUUCUCAUUGAGCAGUGCCAGAAUUUUCUUCAGAGCGGAAGCAGCACCAAAAAGUGAUUCCACUGAUACCGAAGUUGCCAAGCCUACAAACGAAGAGCCUGUUGAUUCAAAAGCUUCGUCCAGCCCAGCAUCUACAACAGCAUAAUCAACAUUUCAUAUAUUUUUCAACUUUGAUUAUUCUUUCAUGAUUCCUAUAUUUCAUUUAUUAAAAUCAGUAAUAUGAUUUUCAAAAGUCAUUUUUUGUUUGUUUGUUGUAUCACAAGCAAUGAUGUGUGAAGUAUAUCUGCAGAUAGAUUUACAUUAUAUUCUCAUUUUUGUGCAAUCUGUUUUACUGUUUUUGAUUGUGUUCUUACUGCGAACUCUAUUGUUGUCAUUCUUCCAUUUUUAAUUUGUAUUCCGAGUUCAAAAGCAAAUAUAAUAUUAUAUGAGAGAUA